CAGGCGCGUCGGGGGUAUAAAGGCUCCUCCCGCACCUCCUUUACAGUGAAUCGUAGACUGGCAGCCAUGAGAGAACAGAUGGUGAAAGUGGCCCUGCUUGUGCUGUUGGCUGCCGUGUCCGCCGACGACACGGCUGAGGCACUAAGAGGAACUUCCCUCAGCGACCGACAAGGAUACGGUGACAGCUUAGGCUCGUCCAGUAGCCUGGGUGGAUAUUCCAGUUCCAGCAGUCUGGGGCUCUCCAGCGGAUAUUCUGGAGAUUUAGGCACUGUUUCGACUGGUGGAGGCUAUGGAAGUACUGUUGGAGGCGCCUACAGUACCGGAGCUGGAGGGCUUGGCGGUUAUGAUGCAACUGGAGGCGUUGGUCUAGGUAGUAGCAUCGGCCGCUAUAGUGGAGUGGGUGGAGGCUAUGGUGGUGGUGGAUAUGGAGCAGUUGGAGGAGGAUAUGGUGCAUAUGCACCCCCACCAGUCAUACCGCAAAGCGUUGGCUACGUCGUUACUCAUCACACCAGUGACUACGAUGGCGGCAAGGGCAAGGGAGGCGGUGGUAAGGGCAAAGGAGGUUUCUUCGGAGGAGGUAAAGGAAAAGGCAAAGGAGGAGACUACUAUGACUACGACUACAACUACGACGAUACCUUCGUCGUGAAGCAACCAGUCUUGGUCAAUAAACCUGUUGUGGUCCAGAAACCCGCGGUUGCGUACAAAACCGUGGUCGUUAAAGCCCCUCAGCCGCAGUACACUCAGCCCAUCCUCGUGCACAAGCCUGUCAUCUACAAGACCAAAGAAUGGAGGCUCGUUGACGUUCCCAAGGUGCACUACACUCCUGCUUACAUCACCCCCACACAUGAUGACUACUAUUACGACGAUGAUAAGAAGGGAAGCAAGGGUAAGGGCAGCAGCUGGUGGGGAGGUGGCAAGGGCAAAGGUGGUGGAUGGUGGUAAUCACUAGUCUCCUUUAUUGGCUUAUUCAAUGAGCACCAUGGAGUGGACUUUACUAACGUUGACUAGAUUCCAUCUGUUACCAUUGCUAAACCUUCAUAAUCAUCCCCUCAUCAUCGUAAUUUAAGCUUAUUUUAGAGGCAGCCAGUGCAUUAUGGCUCAGGACAGGUUCUGCGUACCCGAGUGAAUUAAUAUCAUCGUCAUUUCAUCAUAACAACUUGCUUUUUCAUCCAAAGUUGACCGUUAUUGUUGAGCAUGUUAUGCAUUAAAAUGUAAUACAAAAUA